UUCACUGAGGACUUCUAGUGCUGAUUUGCAAGCUGCAAAAAUGGAGUGUAACUUGGCAAGGGAAAAGCUUGCAAUGAGCAAUGUUCGUCUUGUCAUGUCAAUUGCACAAAGAUAUGAUAAUAUGGGAGCUGAAAUGGCCGAUCUUGUUCAGGGUGGCCUAAUUGGACUACUCCGUGGAAUAGAAAAAUUUGAUCCUUCUAAAGGAUUCAAAAUCUCAACGUAUGUUUUUUGGUGGAUUCGUCUGGGUGUCACCAAGGCAUUAGCUGAGAACUCAAGAGUGGUACGAUUGCCAAACUAUUUGCAUGAAAGGUUGAGCCUAAUCCGAAAUGCCAAAAAGAAGCUUGCAGGGAAGGGGAUAACACCAUCAAUUGAUAGAAUUGCUGAAUCUCUUAAUAUAUCUGAACAGAAAGUGCAAAAUGCAAGCGAGGCAAUCAUCAAGGUCUUCUCUCUUGACAGGGAAGCUUUCCCUUCUUUAAAUGGUAAUCCAGGAGAAACCCUUCAUAGUUACACUGCAGACAAUCACCCAGAAAACAUCCCUUGGCACGGAGUUGAUGAGUGGGCACUCAAGGCAGAGGUAAAUAACCUGAUGAAUGCAACACUAGAGGAUCGUGAAAGGGAGAUUAUCCGUUUAUACUACGGUUUUGAUGAUGAAGGUCUUACGUGGGAUGACAUUGGACGACGGAUAGGAUUAUCAAGGGAGAGAGUGAGGCAGAUUGGGCACGUAGCUCUAGAGAAACUAAAGCGUGCUGCUAAUAGGAGAAAUCUUGAAGCCAUGCUGAUAAAACAUUGAUUUCGGAGUGGAGAGCUUCACUGUAAAUACAGAAAAGUAACAAUCUGCAACUUAUUAGUUUUUCCAGGAUCAAGGAAGAAAUUACAUGUUGCAGAGUUAAUGUAGCAAAUAAUGUAUAUAAGUCAUAUGCUAGCCGAUCAAAGUAGGUAUAUUGAUUUGGGCAGCAGUCAGUUUCACAAUCACU